AUGCGAAAAAAAGCGAAAGACCAACUGGCUGAAAUAGACAAGAUUAAGGCUUCUAACUUGGCCUGUUUCUACUAUCACCAGAAGCAUCUUGGGACUGUUUCUUCCAUAUUAAGGGGGAACCAACGACGUCAAGAACUAGAUGAGUCUCUUCAAGAUGGAAUGCUAAUAAGAAGUAAUACGCGACCAGUUAAAGAAUUUGAAUUACCAAGAAUAGGCUGAAGCACUUGAAGAGCGCUAAUAAGAAGUACACGACCCGCGCAGAUGAAUCACGACAGUCUGGAGCUGGAUUGCUGGACUUAUCGCAGAUGAGGGCAGGAGAGGACCAGAAGCACGAAAUCAAAAGAGGAAUCGAGGAAACCCGCCUCCAGGCUGCCGGAAAGGAGGAGGUGCCGGCGCUGCCGGAAGAAAAAGACAGUACUACUACUAUUAUACUAAUAAACUUCUACUACUAUAUUUAAGGGUAGGCUAAAGGUGCUUUUCUUACCGCCUUUUAUGCCUCUCCUAAGGGAGAAAGGCAUAACAAGCGGGGUAAGCGAGCACCAAAAGCCUACCUCUAAUAUAUUAAGGCUACCAGAAAUCCAUCUUCACAGGCAUCCUGAGACCGUUUCCAAUGGGAAAAAGGUGCUAGGAUGCAGCUCAGGAUGGAUUUCUCUUAGCUCUAAUACUAAUUUAAACUCCAACAUAAAGUUUAAUUUACUUUCAUCAGGCUGGCCUAACCUAGUAACCUAAGCAUAGCUGUACUCGUUUUUUCUCGCGAAGCCGUUGCACCUAGCAACUUCUUGGCAUGAGAAGUGAGGCCCUUGAGCUUGAACUUGUUCACUAGAAGAAGAAGUUGAACAACUACGCAGGUCUACUUCUGUCCGGCGUAGUAUUCAGGACGUCGCGUACUUCCUAAUCCUAGCCUGGUCGCGUGAGUACUCGACGUCUUUCCUAGAAGUUGUACAAGAACACAGGUGGAGCUCCCGCCUUCCUACGCCUGAAGUACAAGUGAUCUACGAUCUUAUCUGUUAGUCUCUUAGAUGAUCUGUUAGUCUGUGAGAUCCAUGAAUGAAUGAAUGAUUGUAGUAAUCAGCAUGAUCAAGAUCAACACGGCUACCAGGUUGGCCACUUGCAAAAGCGUGGGACAGGUUUUUUGCGUACGAUUCUCUUAUCUCUGACAAGAUGUGGGACUUGCUCACGGCAUGUGGAAACUUGGUGCCGGAA